CCACGGAAAAGCACACCGGAGUUCGCGCGAUUGUCGGCAUGAGGUAACAGUGGAAAUACUAGAGUAGUAACGGACGCACGUUGCGUGUGAUUAACUCGAUUACGCCGCCUCCUUUGAUCAGCCAAAUCAGCCGCCUCCGGCGCCAGGAUGCAACCGGUUCAUUUCGGCAGCCUCCCUCGCGACUAAAGACCGUUCCCGAAAAACCGUACGAGAAGUACGUCAGUGUGUGGACGAAAUCGAAAGUUGAAAGUGGUUUUUUUUUAGUUUGUUUUGGACGUUGAAAAGUUGGCAAUUUGGUGUGAUGAUGAAAAGUUAUUUCACGACGCCCAGUGAUCAAAUUUCGAAAAAUUCCUGGGGUUCUAUUUUACAGGAAUUCACUACUGACAGUAAUCCAAAAUUCGGAAGCACACACCCCGCCACAAAUCGAAAUACCGAGAUGAAAAAUGAGGAACCCUUCAACGUGAGACACAAUGAUCAGAAGUACGACAUCCACGAGUUCCUCAAGAACCACCCCGGCGGUCUUAACUACGUCAGGCCGUACAAAGACAAAGACAUCACCAAACGGAUGAAAGACACCCAACAUUCUAAAGCCGCCUAUUAUUUAUUAAGAGAGUACAAAAAUGAUGGAAGAGACUUAACGAGUACAAGUGAUUCUAGUGAUUUAGAGAAUUUAGUAGACUGGGAUAAACCAAUGUUGAGCCAGGUCGCUGCACUUGGAAGCAGCUACAGUGAAUGGGUGGUGUUGCCAGUAGAUAGAAAAUUGCGACUGUUCGAAAAUCCCAUUCUAGAAAGCUUAACUAUUACCCCGUGGUACGUAGUUCCUAUAGUAUGGAUACCUAUUAUUACAUAUUUCAUUUAUAUGGGAUUCAACACUUACGUCGAAACCACCAAAGAUGAAUCACCAACAGUGCCAUUAUUAAUACGUUUCAUUUGGGGUGUUAUUCUAUGGACAUUAUUAGAAUAUAGUUUACAUAGGUGGAUAUUUCAUAUGAAAAUCUCAGGAAAGUCCAAGAUACUUAUUUACAUCCAUUUUGCCAUACAUGGUUUACAUCAUAAAGUGCCCUUCGAUCCCAGAAGAUUAGUGUUUCCGCCGUUGCCAGCAGCAUUGAUAGCCUAUGCAUUAUAUCUCUCAAUCUAUGUUGUUUUGCCUGCAGAAGAGAGACUUAUAAUACUAGCCGGGGGUUUAUCAGGUUAUCUGAUUUAUGAUAUGAUUCACUUCUACUUGCAUUAUGGUGCACCGAGAGAGAACAGCUACUUAUAUCAUCUGAAGAGAUACCACAAUCAUCACCACUUCGAACAUCACGAAAAUGGCUAUGGAAUCAGCAGUGUGCUAUGGGAUAAAAUUUUCGGAACAACAAUAACCUUGAGGAAGCUACAAUUUGGAAUCAAAUGGUGAAAAGCACAAUCACAAUAAUGUCUCACGGUGUGAUUCUCAAUGUGUCUUUGUUUACAACGUACAUUUUGACGUACUCAAAUCUUCUAAACAGAAUAUAAAUUAUGUUGUUGAUGCUUUCAUUAUUUUUGUUAAACCUGAAUGUUUCUCUACAAAUUAUAGAGAUUUAUAUUUAUAAUGAUAUAAUAAACGAUACCAUUAUA